AUGCUACCAAUGAAUUUCUCAAAUACCGAGAAUAACCUUCGAUCCCAACCAAAUUUUGAUUACAAUACAGAACUGAAGAAUUCCUCACAUGCACGUUCUCUUUCAACCAGCUUGCCUGAAUCUAAUUUGCAUCAGAACAGCCAGAGUCUCAACAUUCUCGAAGACCUUCCACCAGCAACAAUAAAAAGAUCCAGCCUUUCCAGUUCUGACAAAUGA